UAGUUUCGAUUUUAAAAAAUACAUUGCACACAGCUCAACAGCAAUAUUCCAUUGUGUUUACAGCAAUAUUUCAUCGUGUGAGAAGCUUCGUGCAACAUCUUCAGCAGCAAAUAAUGAUGCUAAACAGGGAAGCCAGAAAAUGUUUCCAUCUUCCUCUGUUUAGGUUGCUGAGUUGCAGCACUUCAAACAGAAGUGCAGUGACAGAUAUGCUCAUGGAUGUCCACAUGGGUAUUUCAAGGAGAAGCUAUGCCACAGCCAUCUUUGGGACGUUGCAGGAACAAGUGAGGCAGGCACCUUCUCUGGGAUAGAGACAACAGAAGGCAUUUGCCUGGCAAUCCUGGCUGAUGGUUCCUAUCAGGUCUAGAAAAGGAACGUGCGUUGCGCUGUGGUCUAAACCACUGAGCCUCUUGGGCUUGCCAGUCAGAAGGUUGGCAGUUUGAAUGCACAUGAAGGGGUGAGCUCCUGUUGCUCUGUUUUACUGAAGAGGCUCCUCAUGAGGCCAGAGGAACAUCGCCCGGUUGUGAGGCAUGAAGGCUGCUCCCCACAAGGCCCUUUCCACCUGGCCUAGGGGGUGAGGCCCACACUCACCAGCCCUACUGAAGAGGUUGCCUUUGGAAACACGAUAGAGGUGGCCAGGAUCUCUCCCCCACCCACAUAGUCUGCAGGUGAAGGUGCCAGGAAGAUGCUCAUGACCAAGCUGCAGAAUUUGCCCACUGUGGUCCUCUUCUGCUCUAUUUUACUUUUCCUAAUUGUUGCGAAGAACAAAUGGGAGUCUUUUGUGAUGAUUUCCUCGCCGCCCAACAUCAAGCUCAAGGGCAGCCCAAAUUUCGCAGGCGAUCGUAAAAGUGCCAUGGUAUUUGAAUGGGAAUCUGCACUGGAGAGGACAAAGGAGACCAAGCCCUCUGGUCUUCUUUCACCACCACAACCAGUGGCCAAGCGGCAUCCCUUGGAGGUUGUCUAUUCCACUGAUUAUAAGUUCCUUCUCAACGAGCCAAAGAAAUGCUGGGAGAGGAGCCCUUUCUUGAUCCUGCUGGUGAUAACUGAGCCCCAGGAUUUUGCCACAAGGCAGGCCAUCCGGCAGACAUGGGGCAACGAGAGCUCGGUGCCUGGGGUUACCAUUCUUCGUCUCUUUCUGACGGGUGUCCACCAAAAAUUUGGAUACUUGCUCCAGGCCCUUUUGGAAGAGGAGAGUUCCAUCCACAAAGAUAUUAUUCAGCAGGACUUCCUGGAUACCUACAACAACCUUACCUUGAAGUCUCUGAUGGGCAUGGAAUGGAUAAGCAAGUUCUGCCCCAAUGCCACCUACGUGGUGAAGGCAGACAGUGACAUCUUUCUCAAUGUGAACUACAUGGUGUCCCACCUGCUGCAGCCUCACCUGCCACCCAAGAAGAACUACAUGACAGGUCACAUCUAUAGGAAUGCAAAGCCUAUGCGUGAAAAGGCCUACAAGUGGUAUGUGCCACGGGAGGUGUACCCCAAUGAGACCUACCCGCCCUACUGCGCAGGCCCAGGGUAUGUGUUCUCUGGGGAUCUGGCCAAGAAGAUCUACCAGGUAGCAAAGACCAUCAGGGUCAUUAACAUGGAAGAUGCCUUCAUGGGAAUCUGCCUGUAUGAGCUGGGCAUCAGUGUGACAAACAGCUCCUUGGAUCUCUUCAACGUGUACAAAGUCAAGUAUGAGAAGUGCAAGUUCUCCAAGGUGGUGGUGGUGCAUCACUACGGGCCGGAGGAGCUGCUGCAGAUUUGGCCCGGCUUUCAGGACCAGAACCAGACUUGCAAGAGUUAAAAGGGAGGGAGGUGAACAGACACACAGCCUCUUGUGGAGAAGUUGGCGCAGAGGACUGGCAACAUGCGGGCAUGUUCCUGUACAAUGGACAAAUCCAUGCCAACAAAUUGCAAUGAGGAAAGUGAAGGAUGGCUCAGAGAUGAAGGGAGAUUCUGUGCUUGUCAAAAUCGGUAUUUAUGCCCUCAGAAGCGAGCUGGUCCCACAUAACAUGCUCAUCGUGCCAUGUGGUUCGUUGCCAUUCAUACGGCUCUCCUCCCUGUAGAAUCUAUGCAGAUGCCCAUAGCAGCUUGUUUGGUCUGCUCUGAACUGACCACUGUGCUACUAAUGUGCCAAAUUGACAACCUCAGGGUUUUGAGAUCAUCACAGCCACCACCUCAACUACCGGAAGAGAGCAACCCUCAGACCAUGCAGGUGUGGCAUUACGUAGCCAUGCGUAGGAUUGGCACUACGUAGGAUAGCCAUACGUCCAGGAAUUCCUCUUUUGGCGGUCCUAAAUGCCCAUCUGGGGGAAUUUUACAUUUUAAAGCAAUUGUUCGGGAUUUUGGGUUUUUUAAUAUAUAUACAUUUUUUGUGUGCAAGCAGUUCUGUAUGUUUACCUCUUGAAAUAUGGAAACCAAAAAAAGCUCAACAAUUUUUGUGUCUGCAAACCCUACACUAGGGCAAUGCAGAAUUCACCUAUUCCAA